CCGUGUCAUUGUUGGUCCAAUUUUCGAGCCAGACUCGAACUUCACGAGUUGAAGUUAGGUCCUUCUUGAAUCUGUGUGAUCAAGUCCUAAAUCAAUCAUGAGUGGCGGGGCGUUAUUCAGCGGUGGGCGCGGUGGAAGUGCGGGCACGGGUAGCCGUGCCUUAGUGGAGUUCCGGGCCGGGAAGAUGAACCUGGACGCGAGCAGCAAGAUGGUGACGCCGGACAAGCGCAAGGGCUUGAUCCAAGUGGAACAAGGCGAAGAGGAUCACUUGAUGCACUUCAAAUGGAAGGACCGAUCCAACGGCAACACGCUCGAGGAUGAUCUGAUCAUCUUCCCGGACGAUAUCGAGUUCAAGGCCGUGCCGCAGUGCACCACGGGUCGCGUGUUCAUCAUGAAGUUCAAGAGCUCGCCCGGACGAAACAUGUUCUUUUGGAUGCAGGAGCCCAAAGAGGAUAAGGACGAGGAGUACUGUAAGAAAGUCAAUGACCUCUUGAACAAUCCGCCAGCCCCGGGAAGUGCGGCUGCCCGUGGCGGAUCCGGCGGGGGUGGGGGUCUAUCUGGGAAUGGACUCGAUUUGAGUAAUCUGGGCGAAUCCGAUCUCCAGUCAUUGUUGAGCAACAUGAGUCAACAGCAACUCAUGCAAUUGUUCGGUGGUAGUCUUUCCGGACCCGGAGGCUUACUUAGCUCUGGUGGCGGUGGAUCACGGCGACAACGGUCCUCGGCCGCCGCGAGUAGCACUCUUGCGGCCAGUGAGACUAGAUCGGAGGCGACCAGAACCACUACCGCCGCUGCCACUUCCGCUGCCACCACGACCACAACAACGGCGGCUGCGUCUACGCCUUCGGCCGCAACGACUUCGGCAAGUGCAACCUCAAAUAGAUCGACCAACCCGCCCAUUCAGUUGAUGGAUCUCCAGAACCUUCUGUCGGGCCUUAAUGUGCCCCCUGAGGCUGCCGAGGAGGGUAGUAGUCGCAGUGGCCCUGCCGUAGAUUUGGCCUCUGGUCUCACGGCCGAAGUCAUGCAACCGUUAUUGAGCAAUCCUGAUUUUGUGAAGAAAAUGAAGACCUUUUUGCCCGCCGAGGAUCAAGCCUCUCAGAACAUCCAAGAUGAAAUCAAAGGUACCGUAAACUCGCCUCAGUUUCAACAAGCUUUGAGUCUGUUCUCGUCGGCAUUCCAAUCCGCCCAAUUGGCACCUCUCAUCCGUGAAUUUGAUCUUGGAACUGAAGCCGUGGAGGCUGCCACCAAAGGCGAUCUUGAAACCUUCGUCAAAGCCCUCCAAAAAUCGGCCCCGAAAAAGAAGAAGGACGACGCUCCUGAAGACAUGGCCUUGGAUUAAAAACCAUCAAGAGGCACGCACAUCACUGGAAAUAGACACUUUUUCUUUAAAACUGCGUGUUUCAGUGAGGAAUACAACGAGUCGCUUGUUCCCUGUA